CACAUAGUCACAGGGGUGGACGAGAUGCCGUCGAGUCAGCAUGGCAGCCUUGAAAUUCCCUUCAAAGGACAGUCCGCAUCUACUGUUCUGCAAGACCGGAAGGCAGUCGGAAAUGUGUAUUAAGAGGGCCUCCCUCCCCGUCAAACCAUGACCUGGCCUCAACAGGUCGCAACUCAGCAUCGACUCGCACCUCCCAGUCCAAGCAUAUACAGCAUCCAUCCGCUAUCAACCCUUUCUCAGCAAAUCGCUUCGAACGCUUCACAAUGAAGAACUCCAACCCUCCCCUCGCCUUGGCCGCCGUGGCCAGCAUCUUAACCCUCACCAGCGGCGCGCCCACCACCGCCGAGUCCGGCGUCGUGACCUUCAGCAGCAGCGGCAACCUCACGGCCCGCGCCAUCAGCGAAUGCGGCGACUCGACCUUUAUCAACCAGAGCUCGGCGCCUCGCCUAAGGUGGACGACUGCUGGCGUCUGCACGACAACAUCGCGGGCGACGGGACCUGGACCGUGUCCGGGUGGGUGCAGCGCACGCUGGCCACCUACGGCACGUGCGCGGUCGGCGUGCAGUCGGGCACACUCGAGUUGUUUAAGGUGGGCAACGGGGACAUCCGCGCCCUCAUGCGGGACUCUAUUCAGAAGUUUGGGGGCGCCGGCGUGGUGGGCGCGGCGGGGAGGAUGGAGUGUCAGGUUGUCGGGGUUGGAACCACGACCGUCUACUGGGGGAUCUAUCACACCUAGAGCAAGGUACUUACCCCUCACCUCUUACAAGAGGUGCCGAAGGAUAAGAGAUAAUGGGGUGUGGUGCUUUGUUUCUCCAGUUGUUGCCUAGCCUCGAGCAUCCACUCGUUGAAAUCAUGACCAGAGGGAUUCGAACAGGAUAGUUAUUCUUUUAGUGCCCCACAUCUCAUUUCAAG